GCCAUUGUCAUUACUUUGCUCUUAAACGUAAAUACACAUGAUAUUUUGACACAUCAUAGCUCAUGUCAAAAUAAUAUUCUGAUUAAACAACUUUAGCACAGCAAUCACAAUGUGUGCAUCUAAAACAUCAUAACAUUCCAGCGUUCAAGGCGGAAUGGUUUAGAAGUUAAGGAGACAACUUAUCUAUAUCUAUAUGAGACGCACCUACCUUGUAUUUGUUCUUUCAGUCAUUCGCUCGUUCAUCUUAUUAUGUGUGUUAAUACUUUUUUCUUUGACAUCCCCCACCCCCAUCAUAUUUUGUUGGUAUUUGUAACAACUCAUCAGAGUCUCCAAUCGUGACUUCACAACCUAAGCUGCAAAGCCUGAACCAGAAUCUGACCUUGACCUGCCAAGUCGACGCAACUGUCAAUGCAAGCAGAAUCACGGGAUACGCAUGGUAUCGGAACUUUGCCCCAAUUACAAAUGAAACAAACAGCACGAUAUUCUUUGAGUCCGUAACGAAAGAUGAUGAGAACGUCUACUCGUGCCUUUACCUCCUCGACAACAGACAAAGUCUUCUGAGCCAGAACUUUGUCAUCAAAGUUACACCCCCUGACAAGCCGAACUUGGUCAUAACAGGCACGAGGCCCCCCUACGUGACUCCAGGCAGCUAUGUUCAGUUGUUUUGUUUGACGAGUGACGAGCGUUCAAGAAACAACCAGACGUACCUCUUUUUCAAGGAUGGACAGCGGAUGGUCACCGUUUCCUCCUACCAUUCUAUAUACCCAUAUACUAAAAAAGAUUCUGGAGUGUAUAGCUGUACCGCAAAAAACAGGUUCGGACAGUCAGAGCCCAGCAACGAAGUUUUGUUCAUUACAGUGGAGCAACCCGAAGUCAUACUUGAACCAGAAAUUCCUGUUAUUGGAGGUCCACUGAACAUGACUUGCAGGGUUGAAAGCCAUAUAUCUGCCCAUAACUACACUCUGCGGUGGUACAAGAAUGGAGUUUUUCUGGAGGAUGCACAGACGGUGCUGCACAUUGCAGAGCUUGAGGUCGAGGACGAAGGGUUUUACUCCUGUCGAAUCAACUUCCUGAAUGGGUUUUACAGUGUGAGCGAUGAGAAGGCUUUUUCCAUUGCCGUACUUCAGAGACCUGUACUGCGAAUCCCCGAGGUAAAUCUGAACCAAACCAGCCUGUCUUUCUUCUCUUGUGUUUCCAAUGAAACAUCACGACGACUGGUAAAAAGCGGAUUCUUAUAUCGACAAGGAGUUCUACUCAUGGAAAUAAUGGCGAGAGGUCCUGUGGUAAUGUUCGAAGUAUUGGUGCGUCAGAGGGAUCAUGGCAAUUACACGUGUACCCUUACCAAUAGCGAAGGGGAGUCAGAGCACAGUGCCCCCGUCGAGAUACUGACCCAGA